AUGUGCAGAGAUCACCAGAAACAGCACUGGAAAAGACAUAAAUCCUCCUGCUGUGCUUACAAGAUUUGUAUGUCCCCUGAGUUAGGGAGAUACUUAGUUGCAACCCGAGAUCUUAAACCAGGAGAGAUGGUCAUAUCAGAGACACCACUAGUGUUGGGACCAAUGGCUGUGACUGUUCCUGUGUGUUUAGCCUGCUAUAAACCUGCUGAUGGGAAGUUUAGCUGUCUCAAGUGCGGUUGGCCAAUGUGUAAUCCUGGUUGUGCUAAAUCCCCAGUACAUGAGCCUGAGUGUACUCUGACCGCUAGUCGAGGUAGCCCACUACAGAUGCCAUCUAACUGUUAUAAUAAACCCUAUCCUAUAUAUGAGGUUGUGACCAUUUUACGGAGUUUGUAUCUCAAGCAGUCCUCGCCCAGUAAAUGGAAGAAAUUUAAAGAACUAGAAGCUCAUGAAGAGGGAAGAAGAAGAAAUGGAAGAUAUGAUAAAGAUUUGAGUACGAUGGUUCGAGUUAUCAGAGAGUUCUUAAGAAUACCAGAAACUGUCUUCACGCAGCAGGAAAUACUGGAUGUCUGUGGGGUGCUAACAGUAAACGCACAUGAACUACCAAUAACAACUGUUCCUGUGCAAGCCCUCUACGCUAAUAUAUCCUUACUAGAACAUUCUUGUAUAAACAACGCCAGCAAACAUUUCGAUGGAGAUUUUCGAGUUGUAGUUCGAGCAGCUGUUAAUAUUAAGAAGGGAGAACACAUUUCCAUUAACUACAGUGAUCCAAUGUGGGGGACAGCAAGCAGACAGCUGCAUCUAGCGGAGACCAAAUAUUUUAACUGUCAAUGUGUUCGCUGUCAAGAUCCUACGGAAAUGGGUACAAUGUUUAGUUCCAUUAGAUGCCCUCAGUGUACUGUGGAACAGGGUGGAUAUCUAGUAUCUGAGAACCCUACAGGGGGACCAGCAAACUGGACCUGUAUUGCCUGUACUAAAGUACAACCUCAUUCUUUUGUGGAUGCUGUCACUCAAUCAAUAGGAGAGGAGCUGGUUAUGCUUGAGAAAGGAAAUAUCGAAGCUUGCCAGGCAUUUAUUAAGAAGCAUUCACAGAACCUACAUCCUAACCACUACUAUCUCCAGGAUAUAAAGCUAGCACUCUGUCAGAUGAUUGGACAAUCAGCUACUGGUCAAGGACAUGAAGUCUUUAAUCUUUCAGAAAAAGAACUUGUUUACAAACAAAAGAUAGGACUUGAACUGCUCGAAGUAGCUAAUAGAAUAUCUCCAGGAAUAUCAAGGCUCAGAGGGGUGAUAUUGUAUGAACUUCAGGCUACACUGGCUGCCUAUGCACGAAGGAAGUUUUCAGCUGGAGAAAUUUCCUCCGAGCACAUGAGAAAUAUUAUGAAGGAGGUUAAGAAGUAUCUUGUUGAAUGCAUCCAGAUCUUUAGCUUUGAGCCUCCAUGUCUUCAAGAGGGUCGCCUUGCAACCAUUGCUAGACUUGAUCUCCUAGAACUAGAAACCUUUCUAGACAGCCUACAGAACAAAGUCUAAAUCUUAGUGUUACGAAAUACACUUUUUAAAAAUUU